AUGUACUACAGGCUGAAGAAAUUUGUGAACCAAAGUCCAGAUUAUGUGAUACCGUUCUACAGACUACAGGCUGAAGAAAUUUGUGAACCACAGCCCAGAUUAUGUGAUACCGUUCUACAGACUAGUAGUGAAAUUCAGGCUGAAGAAAUUUGUGAACCACAGCCCAGAUUAUGUGAUACCGUUCUACAGACUAGUAGUGAAAUUCAGGCUGAAGAAAUUUGUGAACCAAAGCCCAGAUUAUGUGAUGCCAUUCCACAGACCAGUAGUGAAAUGCAGUCUUCAAGAAAAGUAGAAACAUUUAAUGAAGUUUCAGAAUCAUCUCUACCUUCUACUGUUGAUGGUGAUAAUGAAAAUUCUUGGAUUACCUGUGUUGGUCAUUUAGAAGCCAUCAAACAAGAUUUUUCAGAACUGAUUGAUGAGUUGACAAGCAUUAAGAAUUCUGAAUUUCCAAAUCCAAUACUCUUUUUGAUAAAAAGUUCACACAGUGUAACAAGUAUCAAAAAUAAAUUGGAAGACUAUGUAACACUAUCUAAAAUUGUGUUAGAUGAUAUUAUGACAAAUUCUUGCCAUGAUUCUGAACCCAAAAGUGGGAGUAACAAUGCAAUUGAUGCAUUUGUGGAUCAUGAUCCGGGUAAGCGUGUUGUAAUUCAAACUACAUGUCAACGACAGUUUUUAAUUUCUUUGGGACCAUAUCAACCAAAAUUAUCUUCUUACCCUAAAGAUGCUAGUAUAUCUGCCUACAAGCAACAGCAGUUCACUUCUAAGUGGUUUAUUGAAUAUCCAAUGCUUGAGUAUAGUAUUUACAAUGAUUCGGUGUACUGUUUUGUAUGUACUUUAUUUCCCCAUCGAUGUGGUCAUAGUAAAACUGCAUGGAUAGUUGGUGGUGUAAGGCAGUGGCAAAAAAUGAAAAGCCGUGGGAAGGAUAAACAAGGCAAAUUAGCCCAACAUUUUUCAUCAGCUUCACAUAAAGAAGCUAUGUUAGAUUAUUGUUCGUUUACUAUUAAAUCUAAUAACAUUGAUGUUGUUUUCAAUAAGCAGUUACGGCAAUCUGCUAUACGUGAGAAACAAGAACAAGCAUUUAAUAAAGAUGCAUUCAAGAUUUUGAUAGAUUUAGCACGUACUUUAGCGAGACAAGGGCUUGCGUUCCGCAGUCAUAAUGAAGGUGCAAAUGAAUUACAAAAUGGAAAUUUUUAUCAAAUGGUUCUUUUACUUUCCCGUCACAAUCCAAUAUUAAAAAGAUGGCUUAAUGAUAAAUCUAUGCGUUCUCAUCAAGUUACAUAUCUCAGUAUGAAAUCUCAAAAUGAAUUUAUCGAACUCUUAGCUGAAGAAACACUUAAGAAUAUAGUUGAAGAAGUGUCAACAUCUGAUAUAUUUUCAGUUUUAGCUGAUACCACACCAGACGUUUCACUUAAGGACCAAUUAUCUGUUUGUUUGAGAUAUGUUGACCAAGGAGGAUCACCAAAUGAACGAUUACUUGAUGUUGUUGAAGUUACAGAUAAGACUGAAUAUGGAUUGGCUAAAAGUAUAUAUGACACUUUGAUAAAACAUAAACUAAAAACUGGAAAUGUAGCAUUUCAGUUAUAUGAUUGUGCCAAUAGCAUGAGUGGUGUUAACAAAGGAGCUCAACGUUGUUUUUCUGAGUUAGUUGGACAUACAGUUCCAUAUAUUCCAUGUCAAGCACACAGGUUAAAUAUUUUUCUAGAACACGGCUGUAAGGCUAGUCAUAUAAUUGGAAAUUUCAUUGAUAUUCUUGAAAACAUUUAUGUAUUUUUCUCGGCAAGUACAAAAAGAUCAAGUAAUUUAAUGGAACGUAUGGAAAAAAUCGAGGGAAGUCUGAAGCUCAGAAAUUUAUCCAAAACUCGUUGGACAGCCAGAGCUGAAAGCAUCAAAGCAGUGUGGACAUCUUUAGAAGCAAUUGUUGACACAUUAGAAUAUAUUAACAAUUCAAAUAAUUCUUUAGAGGCCAAAGAACUAAACGUGUGUGAUGCAGCAGCUUUAAUAAAAAGUACGAUUUCAUCAUUGCAAAAAAUUAGAUCAGAAACAGAAAACAUGAACAAUUUGAUAAACAGUGCUAAAAUUACAGCUCAAUCAUUUGGAGUUGAUUCAGAGGCAGACUUUAAUCGUUAUCACCGAACCAGGAAGCGACCUAAACAACAGUUUAAUUUAGUUUUAGAUACAUUGAUUAAUCUAACAAGUUCAAAUUUAAAUGUUUUCGUUGAAACUAUUCAACCCAUAUAUAAAAUAUUAAGUGUUCCAUUGAAAGUGAACACAUCACAAGAUUUCAGUGAAGCCUUUUCUCUUUUCCCACCUAUGAGUGUUGGAGCCAAGCUCUUAGAUUAUGAUACAGCUGCAGCAGAAUGGGAAAUACUGGGACACCAAUAUGUUAAUGAAAAUUUUAAAUGCUUAGAUGUCCUUCAAAAAUCGGAAGAAGUAAAACACAUAUUGCCUUGGGCUAAUUGGUUUUGUCGCCUUUCAUUUACUUCUCCAGUUACAACAGCUUCUAGUGAACGGACUUUUAGUAAGUUGAAACUUAUAAAACAUAAUUUACGUUCUACAAUGACUUCAAACCGUCUUAGCUCGUUGAUGAUAUUGAGUUGUGAAAAAGAUAUUGUCGAUAAAUUAGAUAUAGAUUCUGUUGUCGCAAAAUGGUCUUUGGCCAAACAAAGAAGAAUACAUAUUUAA